AUCAGCGCCCGCUCGCAAGGGGGUGUGUCAUGAAACUUCUGCCUGUCUGGCUGGUCAUUUCCAGACUCACAGGCCCGCCCACCUUUCUGAGCACAAGUCUGCUACUAUAAAUCGGCCCUCUUGAUAUCUCCCCACGUGGUCAUUGGCUGCCAUAUUUGUUGACGUUCACCACUUUUCUUAAUGUCUUCUUAUGCCUCAUUUCUUUCUCAUCCCUUGGCCUCGAGGUCUAUCGUCUCAAGAUGGCUCGCACACCUUGGGGAAUGAUCUAUGUUGGCGUCGCUGCAUACUCGUUCUUUAUUUCUAGCUUUUCUACCUUUUUCAUCCUCGCUUCAGCCUUGACUGCAUUUCGUAUAGUCCACCUCUCCUUUCUAUACCCAAAAUACUUAACCCCCAUCAAACACAUUCCCACGCCGCCCAAACGAUCAUGGAUCACAGGCAACGCAAGCACAUACUUGCUCCAAACGCCAUUUGAAGACCUGAUUGAAUGGACCAAGUCAGUGCCGAACAAUGGGCUGCUCCGUUACUAUCUGUUUGGGAAUAUGGAACGAAUUCUAGUGUACAGCCCAAAGGCGCUGAGCGAACUGCUCGUGCAGAAUUCAUACGAGUUUGAGAAGCCCGCAAUGAUGCGCCGCUCUUUGGGCCGUAUAGCGGGCAAAUCUGGCAUACUGCUUGUAGAGGGGCUUGAACACAAGAGACAUCGGAAAAACCUCAUGCCUGCCUUCUCGUACCGCCAUAUCAAGGACCUCUAUCCGAUUUUCUGGAGUAAGAGUGUUGAAAUGGUCAAAUGUAUCGAAAACGAGCUAAAGGGCCGCGGAAGUGGCGAAGAUAAUGUCGUCGAAAUAAGGGCAUGGGCGAGUAGAGCCACGCUAGAUAUCAUUGGCCUCGCAGGCAUGAACCGAGACUUUGGAUCCCUCGCUGACCCAAAGAAUGAGCUAGCCGCACAGUAUCACCGAGUGCUCAAGGAAGCCCCAGUUUGGCUCCAGGUUUUGUUUGUCAUUGCCUUUGUCAUGGGCAACGUCAAGCCAAUCCAAGCUCUACCGGUAGAGCGCAACCGUGAUAUACUGGAAGGUAGCAAUUAUGUUCGGAGCGUGGCACAGCAGCUUAUCAACGAGCAAAAGGAGGCCAUUAAGCACAAUCCAGCACAAGCAGAGACUGGAAAGGACAUUUUGUCUGUCGCGGUCAACAGCGGGAACUUUACCGACGAGGAACUCGUCGAUCAGAUGAUGACCUUCCUAGCGGCAGGCCACGAAACUACAUCAACCGCUCUACAAUGGGCCGUCUACGCUCUUUGCAAGCAUCCCGAAGUACAAGCCCGACUGCGCGAAGAAAUCCGCGCCAAUCUUCCUCCCAUCUCAGUCGAAAACCCAGAGCCCAUCACAGCAGCCACUUUGGACUCACUCCCGUAUCUCCAUGCAUUCUGCAACGAAGUCCUCCGCUUCCACCCCUCUGUACCUCUGACGAUGCGCGAUACCACGCACGAUACUACGCUCGCCGGAACCCCGAUCCCCAAGGGCGUGCAGCUGAUCAUCUCUGCGGAGGUCGUCAACCAUCACAAGGAUUUCUGGGGACCUACCGCGGACAAAUUCGACCCGGAGCGAUGGCUUGUUCCUGGGCAAGCCAAUACCGGCGGGGCGACCAGUAAUUAUGCCCUUCUUACCUUCUUACACGGCCCGCGAAGCUGCAUCGGUCAGGGAUUCGCCAAAGCCGAGUUGGCUUCUCUUGUCGCUGCCACCGUGGGACGAUUCCAUAUGGAGUUGAAGAAUCCGGAUGCGGAGCUCAAGCUUAAGCGGAGUGCGACGAUCUCGCCCUGGGAUGGGGUUCUUGCGAGGGUUACGCCUCUUGAGGGGUGGUGAUUACCCAGCCGAUAUUGAGACAAUUCAGCUGCCUCUACAAUGGGUUCAGGAUGAUAAUUAACAGAUGCUUAUGUGGAGACUUAUACCGUUAUUACGAGCUACUAUAAUCAGUGUGAUCGCAAAGCGAAGUAAAUUGGUCUAUUCAUUCUUUUACAGGAAUACCAACCAUGUUGUCAUAGCCGCGAUUGGAAGCCCCGGCGUCCCCAACAUCCACUCUUAACAAACUGCAACCAAAGGAUAUCAAUGCUGGUCGUGUAGCUCGCAGCAUCACUCAACAAGUAGACAUAGGCUCCACCAAGCUCCCGGGUAUCAGCCAGUCUCGGCAUACCACCGUAGUACUUCAAUUGCUGCUCCCAAUCAGGCUGCUGAGGCACCCAGUAUGUCAUUGCUGUUUGAACAAGUCCGGGGGAAACACUGUUUACGCGGAUGUUGUACUGCGCCCAUUCCAUAGCGAGCGUGUGUGUCAUGUUGCGGAUACCAGCCUUGGAAGCGCCGUAGGGUGCUGAGGGGACGCGCUAGAACGCGCUGUUAG